CACUGACAGCGAACUGACGUCAUUGUUGCGUUCCGAAAUUGAAAUCAAUAAGCGAUGUGCAAUGUUGUGUAUACAUGCAUAUACAUGCAUCACGGACGAUGGGGAAUGGCGAUUAUGUCAAAACAUCGUGUUAGAUCUCAUUGCGCUUGAUCGUGGAAUUGACGAAGGAUAUUAGAAAAUGGCUCGCAACAGCAAGAAGAAACUUGCGAUAUUCGCGGGUACAUCAAAGUGUCUAAUUUACGCAGAAGCAAAGUACUGUUCCUCUGAUAUACCUGGAGAAUUAAAAUACUAUGAAUGUUCAAGAACAGAAUAUUGUUGCACUUUUGGUUGUUGUGUAUCACCCGGUCUCCAUUUCCAUCACUUAUGGUACUAUUGGAUUCUGGUUAUAAUCAUGUUCCUUGUGUGUUCUGGUGGUGGCUGGUGGUAUCGAUACUGGUUACAAGGCAGAUAUCGAGCAGCAGCUUCAGCUAUUCCAACUCGAUCUUCCUAUACUAGAUCUCAAAAUUCUCUUCGUAAUGCAUCUUGUCAUGCGCAACAAGCUCGUAUUACCUAUAAUUCAGCGAGAAAUACCGUCCUAUUGCAUCGUAUGUGGAAAGGUCCUCAAAGAAAUACAGCAGCGUCAACGUAUAAUAGUAAUGCAACUACUUCAAACUAUCAAAAUAUGAAUGUGGUGUUGAACAAUACUAGUUGCCCUUACUAUCAGUUAUACGGUCCACCGCCUAGUUAUGAGACAGUGAUCGCACAGACACGCGGCAAAAUUUCCAAUCCAGCAUCGCCGGAAUCCUCUGCGCGACUGAAUCUACAAACAGCAAAUGUGAUAUCAAAUCCGAGUGUGUCGCAGUGUUUCUUCUACACUUGCAAUUCUCCAGCUAGAUUGGUGGAUGGUAACUCGAGUCAAAGUGAUAACGCGACUUCUCGCCAGCUCGACAAUCACGAGGGUAUCCCGUUCGCCCAUUUUUCGCAAUAUUGCGUAGCGAAUGGCGCUAUUAGUCAAAACGUGUGCGUUCCUUUGGAAUAUCCAAAGGAAUCGCUCGCUUUUGGAGGAAGCAAUUUUAAUCAUAGUUAUCAAAAUAAUUCACAACAAUUGCCGGGAUAUUCAACGGACAGAUUGGCCGAUGUCUCGAAUGCGGAAAAUGGAAUUCAUGCUUAUGAAAUUCAGAACGCAGAGGGAUGCGCAAUGCUCAACAUUGAUACUGCAACUAGCAGCUAUAGAGAACAAAGUCCAUGGCACAGAAAUGAUCAAUCUGCAUUGAAAGUCCAUAAUAAGAUUACUGUGCAGAAUGAAAACCGUACAUCUCAACAAAGAUGCGCGGCAAUUACAGAAACACGUAUUUCCUCGCCUAAAUCAGAGGAGAGCGGAAGCGAGAACGAAUUAAAGUUCCAUAUAUGUCCCGUGAUCGCUGCGGCGCAAAGAAACUUACCGAAACAACGUAGGAAUUACGGCGGUUCCCUACGAUUAACGCGUAACCACACUGGAAAUGUCACUUAUCAAGGUAACAGUUUUCGAAGGAUUUCCCUCAGAGAUUCGUCGAGCUCUCAACAGUGCACCUUUAAUUCCAAUCGAAUGGCAGCUUCCGAAAAUGCACUUUGUAAUGCGAAUUUUCCGGAACAAGCAGUAGAGAUUGUUGCAUGCUCGUCUCAAUCAAAUCCAUCCAAUAAUGUGAUAUUAGAAUCCUUUAUUUUUGAAAAUGCGCAAUUGCCUCCGAGUGAAAAUGUCGAAGAGGCGCGUGGUCUUCGUACAAUGAAUCGGAGUACAAACUUUGAUCUUGAAAGUAAACACAAAUUAAAUAGAUCGAAGUCGUUAGACUGAAUAUAAAUUGAAAUCUUUAUCAUUGUAUUAUGCAAUGCUUAUAUUCUUGUAUGUCUCUGCGCGUAACUUGUAUAGCAAUACAAACGUAAUCGUUCGUUAUCAAGAAUCACAUUAGAAUAAUCCUCACUUGUUUCCGAAUAUCAUGGUAAUCGUGUCAUAAUAACAAGCGAGGAUUCUAUUUUAUUAAAAAAUAGUGCGAUAUAUUAUUUCCUUUAAAACAUGUAUACAGGGUGU